AACGUCCAGUCGGUUUCUCUGCCAACGGGGCAGCGAAGAUGUGGACCACCCUGUCUGUGUUUAUACUGUGUUUUUUCAGUCCUGUUUGCUGCGUUUUUCAGAAGCUUUACUGCACUUUAUCCGACAGUUGCGACUGUGACUUUAAACCCAAUAUCAGAGACCUAGAGUGGGAUCUCUACAAAAAUGUCUACGGCCAACAUCUGGCCCAGGAGAUCGUGUCGGAGGAGGUGGCGAGGUUCCUCCAGGAAAAGAACCCCGAGCGGCCUCUGGUCCUGUCGUUCCACGGCUCCUCGGGGACCGGGAAGACGCUGGUCAGCUCCAUGCUGGGGGGUCACCUGUACGGCUCGGCCAUGAGCAGCCCCUACGUCCACCAGUUCAUCCCCACGCUGCACUUCCCCUUAGCGAACCGAGUGGACGAGUACAGGACGGAGCUGAAGACCUGGGUCCAGGGGAAUCUGACGGAAUGCGCUCGCUCUGUCUUCAUCUUCGAUGAGAUGGAGUUGAUGCCUCCGGGCGUCGUCGACGUCCUGGAGCCUUUCCUGGGUCCGUUCCACGUUGUGUUCAGCACAAACUACCGCAAAGCCAUCUACGUUUUCAUUAGCACCACGGGGGAGGAGGUGAUCAACAGAGUGACUCUGGAGAACCGGCAGGCCGGACGGGACCGGGAGGAGAUCAGGCUGAGCGAGCUGCAGGACGCCAUCGCCCAGACGGUUUAUAACAGCAGCCACAGCGGGUUCUUCCAGUCCUCCAUCAUCCAACAGAAGCUCAUCACCGCCUUCGUUCCGUUCCUGCCGCUGACUCGCCUCCACGUGGAGCGCUGCGCCCGCUCUCAGCUGUGUCAACAGGGUCACUGCCAACGCGCCGACGUGGUGGAGGCCGUGGGGGGCGACAUGAGCUACAGCCCCACCCAGGGGCGGUUCUUCUCCACCACCGGGUGCAAGGCCGUCCCCGCCAAAAUCAACCUCUUCCUCUGAGAGAAGGGGGUGGAGUUAAAGGACGGAAAGGGAAAUGCCGCUGAGAUUCAUCUCACGGGAGGGGUCGGACCCUUUGGAUGGACCGGACCCUUUGGAUGGACCGGACCCUUUGGAUGGACCGGACCCUUUGGAUGGACCGGACCCUAUAGAGGCCGGUUUUGGCCCACGGACCGUAUGUUUGACCCCCCUGGUCUACAGACCCAGUUCAUGAUGGAUGACUGGAUCCUGUAUUUAUUGUUCUUCGUCCUCAAUGAGGUCACCGUCAGCAGGUUGAUGGGCGGCGGCAUCAGGAUGACGCCCUCUUUGACCUCUGUCAGAAGUAAUGGGCGGAGUCACAGCCUCCUCAGCAGGAUGUGCAGAUUUCAACAGGUGGCUUUACACUUGAAGAUGUUUUUAUGUGUCAGAAAGACUCUGGUGUGAAAGGAAACUAAAUGUGUUGAAACAGCUGAAACCUUUGUCUCAUGUGAAACGUGUUGAAGCAUCAACAGGAUGAUGGUGCAUUUAAUGAACUGAUGGAAGAAGGGAACCUGAAGUAACCACCACAAGUUCAGCCUAAGGCUCCGUUCACACAGCAGGUCUAAUGCACAACUGGGAUUGUUUGGUGAAAUCCGAUGUUUUUUCUGUGCUCGUUCAUAUUCCACAUUAAAUGUGACUUCUAUCAGUUUUGAGUCUGAACUGAAUGUGACCCUGAAGUGACCCACAUGCACUAAAGAGGUCCUGA